AUGGAGCCCGUCAAGAUUCCUACCCAACCGGCCAAGAGACGCCGUAUUGGUGUCCUCACCUCUGGUGGAGAUGCCCCCGGUAUGAACGGUGCUGUGCGGGCCGUUGUCCGUAUGGCAAUCCACUGCGACUGUGAGGCCUAUGCUAUUUUCGAAGGAUAUGAGGGUCUGGUCAACGGUGGCAACAUGAUCCGCCAGCUACACUGGGAAGAUGUCCGUGGCUGGUUGUCCCGUGGAGGUACCCUGAUCGGCUCUGCUCGGAGCAUGGGCUUCCGGGAGCGCGCUGGCCGCAUGAAGGCUGCAAAGAACAUGGUGCUGCGGGGUAUUGAUGCCCUCGUGGUGUGUGGUGGUGACGGCAGUUUGACUGGUGCCGAUGUUUUCCGUGCAGAAUGGCCCGGCUUGCUGUCUGACCUCAUCGCUGCCGGCGAGCUGUCCGCAGAGCAGGUCGAACCUUACAAGGUGUUGAAUAUCGUCGGUCUGGUGGGUUCCAUCGACAAUGAUAUGUCUGGCACAGAUGCCACCAUCGGUUGCUACUCGUCCUUGACCCGCAUCUGUGAUGCUGUCGACGAUGUUUUCGAUACUGCCUUCUCCCACCAACGUGGAUUCGUGAUUGAAGUCAUGGGUCGACACUGUGGAUGGCUCGCAUUGAUGUCUGCCAUCAGUACCGGCGCAGAUUGGUUGUUCCUUCCCGAGAUGCCUCCCAAGGAGGGAUGGGAGGAUGAUAUGUGCUCCGUUAUCACCAAGAACCGUACCGAGCGGGGCAAGCGCCGCACCAUCGUCAUCGUCGCCGAGGGAGCCCAGGAUCGCCAACUGAACAAGGUUUCGAGCUCGAAGAUCAAGGAUAUCCUGACAGACCGUCUCGGCUUGGAUACUCGAGUCACCAUCCUAGGUCACACCCAGCGAGGUGGUGCAGCAUGCGCCUACGACCGCUGGCUCUCAACCCUGCAAGGUGUGGAGGCUGUUCGUGCCGUGCUGGAAAUGUCACCCAACUCUCCUUCGCCCGUCAUUACCAUUCGUGAGAACAAGAUUAUGCGUACCCCUCUGAUGGAAGCCGUCCAAGCAACCAAGGACGUCACAUCGAAGAUCGAUAACAAGGAGUUUGAAACGGCCAUGGAGAUGCGUGAUGCCGAGUUCAAGGAAUACUACCACGCCUACCUGAACACUGCUACCCCAGAGCACCCUAAGAUGAUCCUCCCAGAGGGCAAGAGAAUGCGCAUCGCCAUCAUUCACGUCGGUGCCCCAGCUGGUGGUAUGAACCAGGCCACUCGUGCCGCCGUUGCGUACUGUCUGACCCGAGGCCACACCCCGCUGGCUAUUCACAAUGGUUUCCCCGGAUUGUGCCGCCACCAUGACGACAAGCCAAUCAGCUCCGUUCGCGAAGUUACUUGGCUGGAGGCCGAUAGCUGGGUCAACGAGGGUGGUUCGGAUAUUGGAACCAACCGUAGCCUUCCUAGUGCUGAUAUGGAGAACACUGCCAGGUGCUUCGAGCUGUACAAGUUUGAUGCAUUGUUCGUCGUUGGUGGUUUCGAGGCUUUCACGGCUGUCAGUGAGCUGCGCCAGGCUCGCGCAAAGUACGAUGCCUUCAAGAUCCCGCUCAUCGUGCUCCCAGCUACCAUCUCCAACAACGUUCCUGGUACUGAAUAUUCACUGGGUAGCGACACCUGUCUCAACACCUUGAUUGACUUCUGUGAUGCCAUUCGUCAAUCCGCCUCCUCUUCUCGUCGCCGCGUCUUCGUGAUUGAGACACAAGGUGGCAAGUCUGGAUACAUCGCGACCACCGCUGGUCUAGCUGUGGGUGCCGUGGCAGUCUACAUCCCCGAGCAGGGUGUUGAUAUCAAGAUGCUGUCGCGCGACAUUGAUUUCCUCCGCGAUAACUUCAUUCGCGACAAGGGCGCUAACCGUGCGGGUAAGAUUAUUCUGCGUAACGAAUGCGCCUCGGGUACCUACACUACCCAAGUUAUUGCCGAUAUGAUCAAGGAGGAGGCCAAGGGGCGCUUUGAGUCUCGUGCUGCCGUCCCCGGACACUUCCAGCAGGGUGGAAAGCCGUCUCCUAUGGAUCGUGUGCGUGCCUUGCGUAUGGCUAUCAGGUGCAUGCAGCACAUCGAAGGGUACUCUGGCCAAAGCCGUGAUGCCAUCGCCGCUGACCCCUUAUCCUCUGCCGUCAUUGGAGUCAAGGGUUCCCAGGUCUUGUUCUCGCCCAUGGGCGGUGCUACUGGCCUAGAGGCCACCGAGACUGACUGGACUCGCCGUCGCCCCAAGUCUGAGUUCUGGCUUGAGCUGCAGGAUGUUGUCAAUGUCCUGUCUGGCCGCUCUAACGCCGGUGCCAACGAGGGCUGGUCCUGCUAUGAGAGUACGUAA